AUGUCGAAGCAACUAACGCUAGAAAGAGUCAUUAACAUUAUUUGGCUGAGCGUAGCCCUGACUUUCUGUUGGCCACUUCCUGCCAACAGCAGCAAAAUCAAAACCUUGGGAUACAAACUUCUACAGAUCGUUAGUAUCAUCAGUGCUAGCUUGUUACUUCUGCCUCUGUUGUACUCGGCAUAUGUGCACACAAACAACGUCAUCAUCGCUUUUAAAUGUUUUUGCCUGGGAUCAGUUUUGAUCCAAUUCAUUAUUCAGACCAUUAUAUGCUUAAUCAACUACGAUUCCAUACAAUAUAUAGUCGAGGAAAUGAUGAUCAAUGUUAAAGAGGCUAAGCAGUACGAAAGGGCGAUCUUCUACAAGUAUAUUAAGAAGUAUUACACCUUCUACGGUAGUUCGAUGGUGUGUAUGUACCUGACCGCAACUACUUUCUCGGCAGGACCUAUGUUCCUGCCCAACUCUUUCCCAUCAGAAGCGGAAUAUUCGUUUCGCGUUGAUUACACGCCAGUGAGAGUAAUAUUGUACAUGCAUCAGCUUAUCCUAAGUUACCAGUGUGCCGCGCAUAUGUGCAUAAGCUUGUUUGGAGCGCUUCUUUUCUGGUACACGUCAGCGAAAUUCGAGUGUCUGGCUAUAGAGUUACAGAAGAUCACAAACGUUCGCAUGCUCGUCGUUUGUCUUAACAAACAAAUACGUUUGAGAAGGUAA